UCCAGGAAUAGCAGAACAAAAACAACACCACAGGAGGCUCCAGAGACAUCCUGACUGAAUGAGCUGGAAUCACAUUUAAAUCUGCUCUGCUGGAACUCGCUGCACAGCUCCAUCAUGUCUCUGAGACUGCUGCCUGCCAUCGGCAUGGACAACGAUGAGGACGACGAUGGCAACUUUACCAAGUGGAUGAGUAGCUACUGGGGUCAUGGAGCAGACGGCGGACAUUCCAAGGAGAGAACGCGCAGCUUCAGGAGGUCAUCCAAACAGCACAUUGAUAGGAGAGCAUCACUCCCAACUGUGACACAGUUAGAUGCCAUGAAGUUAAACAGGAUUCACACAGCAACAGUGGCACCAAGAUUGGAAAAAGGGGAGGCCAGGCCCCACCAGAGAGGCCACCAUCUCUCCUCAGAGGAGAACCGCCCUAAGACGGCCAUCCCAGAGAACCGCAUCGCUACCAUCCCAGAGCUCGCAGAGUCACUGGAGAGGAAGCUUUGUCUGAGCAAAAAGAGGACGGGCUCACAGAGUAAUGAAGACAAGCUGCGCUUGAUCUGUCAUGAAGAUCUGUGUAAAAGUGGGGUAGUUGAAGAGCUUCCCUGCUCACACCGUUUCCACAAAGAGGAUCGGAGGCCAGAGCAGAAUCUGCACCGCAGGAGCAGUGACACAGCAGGUACUCAGGUCAGGAGGCUCUCAGACGAGAGGAGGAGAAGAUCUGCAGACGGCCCUAUUUCCCCUCCAAAAGGGCUCUUCACAUUUCGUCGUCAGCUUUCCCUGCGAAGACAUCGCUGACUUCAGUCUGUGGAAGAACAUCACCAUUCAUCAGAAAAGUUGAAGAAUGUCCAUCCUUGGGCCAGACAUCGGGGCCAUUUACUGUGAUAUGUUCAACCCUCCCACUGUCUUUAUGGGUGACCCCGCGAGGA